UCUGCCUUUUGUGAAUCAUCAACAGAUCAAUUUCGACAUCAAGUAGGUUUUACUUGAAUAUGUCGACCUCAAGAUCUAAUACGAUCAUCUCUAUAUCAACUAGAUUGAACUCGAAGUUGAGCAAUCUGGAUCUUGAUUCGGAGGAACAAAUAUUGAGCAUUCUUAAUGAUGUUGAUGAUCUGUUGAAACUCAAGCAUGCCAAAUUGGAAAAACUCCAGAUCACUCAUGACAAAGUUGAGAGCAAAUACAGAGAGUUGACUGCCGAGACUGAGGAGCUCAAGCUGCAAAUAAAAGCUAUGGAGCGAGAAAUUCAGCUUGAAAAAGCUUCCCAGGAAUCAUUGAUGGAAGAAGCGAAGCGACUGAAGCUGGAUACUAUGAUUUUCGAUUCGAUCGUAGCUGCUCUUGCUUCCCGUGGGCUUCUCCCUCCCGAUUUCUAGUUGUUUGUUUACUGUCUUCAGACAGAUCCUUAAUUCAGCAUGCAUCAGUACUCUUUUUGUUUUUUUAAGAUUUUCGCAUUUUUCUUUCCAUUUUCACAUUCACUGGCAGGAAACAUCAUCUCUCUGUUGUUGUUGUGUUGUUAUGUUGUUAUGUUGUUUCAGACAUGGCUUUAAUUUGGUUGCUGCUAGUUAGAACUUAAAA